AUGGAAGAAGUUGGAACUAUAAGUAAAUCAAGUGUUCCAACAUUUUCAUUACCAAAUCCAAGUAAUUUAUUAAAAUUAACAUCGGCAGCUGUUGCAUCUGGAUCACAUUCAUCGUCAUCGAUUCCAUCCUUUUCAUCGCUUGACUCGCCACUUGGUGGUGCAGGAGGACAAUCUAUACUGUCGGCACCUAAUAUCAAGAGACCACAUACCCCAACUAAUAUGUUUACAUCGACUACUGUGUUGCCAUCGGGUGGUAUAUCGACUUCGGUACUACCAUUCCAGUCUACUCCUACGUCGUCAUUUAAAUAUGUUGUCCAACAAGAUAAAUCCAAGAAUAUGAUGGACUCUAUUUUGUAUGAUUUGAACCAUCCCCAUUCACACUCUCAAUUCAAUGAUCUCACUGGUGGCGAUGCUCCACAAGUAUUGGAAUCGUAUUAUUGCAAGUACUGUGAAAAGACAUGGCCAAGUGGAACAUUCAAAAAUAAGCAAGCUUUUGGUGCACACUGUUCCAACUGUUCGAGAAAGAGAAAACAAAGAGAAGAUGGUAUGCUCCCAUUCGUACCAGAAAUGAAUAAGGAUAAGCGUGUUAGAUCAAGAGGUAAUGGUGGAGUAUAUGGAUCAUCAUCAUCAUUGUCGUCUGCAUCCUCGUCGUAUUUGGGUGCUGGAGGUGCCAUGAUUAUGAGUGGAGGCCAAGGUUCGAUGGACGAUACAGUGUCUGACCCAUCGUACGAUGAUUCAUACCGUAUGGGUGGAUUUAUAAUGACCGAUACAGAGAGUCAUAGAAUCCCAUCAUCUUCACCCUACUCUUCACCUCCAGAGUCGCCUAGCAUCAUGUCGUCUCAACUACCAGUCCCGUCAAUGUCAAUGUCUAGUGGUGGACCGCUACCAAUGAUGCGGUCGCAGUCGGGAACCGAUCUAUUGCGAUUUGGGUUGUUGGAUGUCGUCGAAGACAAGAUUGUAGAAGAGAAUGAAAUCGAAUUUAUCAAGCGUGACCUAUACAAUAUCCGCACCGACAUUGCCAUCCAAGACAUGAAAAAGGAAAAGGAUGUCAACAAUCUCCAACAACUCUUGGUCAAAGACAUCAAGGAAAAUGAAUACAAAAUAAUGCAAGACCUAAACACACGUGCCAACAUUGACCAAUCACUCACCAGAAUCAAAGAAGAAUUCAACCGUGAACUAAAUUCACUCUUUUCUCAACUUGAUCAAGAAAUUGAUAAAGUUAGAAAAUCCAAAGAAUCCAAAGAUUCAAAAGAUUCAAAAGAUUCAAAGUCAUCACCAAUGAAUCCAAAUGUACCAUCACCAUCCUCUUCUCAACAACAACAACAACAAACAUCCCCAUUUUCAAACAAUAUAAAUAUACCAACGAUAAAAAUGAUAGGACCAAAAUUGGAACAAGACAUGGAAAUGGAAUUGGAAAUGGAACAAAAAAUGGAAAGUAAUGAUAGUAUAAACAAAAUAUUGUUAAAGAUAAAGACAUUGUCAAAGGAAAGAUUGGCGGCAAUUGGCAAUAGUCUCAACACACAAAGCAAAGAGUGUGAACGAGUAGUAUCAAUCGAGACCAAUGAAUACACCCCUGUCUCACAUUUGUAUAGAGCGUGUGAGAGUGAAAGAAAGAGAGAGAGCAAAGAAAAUACUUUCUCUUUCUCUUGA